GGAAGCGGAAGGAGCGGAAGCGGAAGAAGCGGAAGCGGCGGGCUUAAGGCCGGUGCUGCUGGUGGGGCGGGGGCAGCCGCCGGGCGGCCGCGCGGGAAUGGAGCUGGAGCUGGGAGGUGGCCGGAGCCGGUAAUUUAAGUGAUUUUCUAGCAUGGACACUGUUGCUAGCCAUAGUUGUCAUCUUCUCCAGCAGCUACAUGAACAGCGCAUUCAGGGUCUUCUCUGUGACUGCAUGCUGGUGGUAAAAGGUGUCUGCUUCAAAGCACACAAAAAUGUAUUAGCUGCUUUCAGUCAAUAUUUCAGAACCCUUUUCCAGAACUCUUCAGGCCAGAAGAAUGAUGUUUUUCACUUGGACAUUAAAAAUGUCGGUGGGAUAGGCCAGAUCUUGGACUUUAUGUACACCUCUCACCUGGAUCUUAGCCAGGACAAUGUACAAGCUAUGUUGGAUAUUGCACAGUGUCUUCAAGUGCAAAAUGUGCUGAACAUUUGCCACACCUUUUUAAAAUCUUCUGCAGCUGUAGAACAAACUGCCAGCAUGCCUUGUAAUAGCGUGUUUUCGCUGCAGAAUGCUUUGACUGCAGAUACUAGCUGUGCCAAUGACAGUUAUGGAACAAACCUGUUGCAUGAAUGCUCAUCUGACACACAAGCUAAUAAAGUCUUGGCUGACCACCAUUCUCAUGCAUCGCAGUCUGUUAAUCUUCACACACCCUCAGGUGAUGUACAGAAACAACCACAAGACUCCUUAGAUGGCAACUGCACAGAGCUUCCAUUUAAACAACCAAAUUACUAUUAUAAACUACGCAACUUUUACAGUAAACAGUUCUAUAAGCAAAAUGCUUGCUCUAAUCAUGAGAGAGUAGCAGAACAAUCCUUUUCUUACAACACGUCUACAGAAAUAAACACCGUAGAGAAUAAUGCUUGUACUGUCAAUCACUCUGAGUGUAUUCUGGAAACCUCUGACCAUUUACCAUCAAACUUUCUGGUUCAGUCUGUGAAUGAAGCUGCUCCAGACCAAGAUGCAGAAAGCACACUUAUGCAGCCCACCAAACAGAUGCGGCUGAAAAAGGCAAUACACCUCAAAAAGUUAAAUUUUCUAAGAUCUCAGAAAUCUGCAGAACAGCCACCUGAGCCUAAAAAAGAUGACAGUAGAAUAACAGGAGUAAUUGAAUCUGUAAAUGAAAGUAACGUGGACAUGACAGAUGUUAGAGUUACUGAAGAAAAAGAAACUGAAGAUUUAGUGAAUUCUGAGAAUUUUGAACAAACUGUUGAAAUUGAGAAAUCUCAACGUCCUUUGGAACAAGAAGGGCAAUCACAGACUCUUCAGUCGCAGAGGCAAUAUACUUGUGACUUAUGUGGGAAGGCUUUCAAACAUCCAAGCAAUUUGGAGCUUCAUAAAAGGUCUCAUACAGGUGAGAAACCUUUUGAAUGUAACAUUUGUGGGAAACACUUCUCACAGGCAGGUAAUCUCCAGACACAUUUACGUCGACAUUCUGGUGAAAAGCCAUACAUUUGUGAAAUCUGUGGGAAAAGAUUUGCUGCUUCUGGUGAUGUUCAGCGUCAUAUUAUUAUUCAUUCUGGAGAAAAGCCUCAUUUGUGUGAUAUCUGUGGCAGAGGAUUCAGUAACUUUAGUAAUUUAAAGGAGCACAAAAAGACCCAUACAGCAGAUAAAGUAUUCACCUGUGAUGAAUGUGGGAAGUCAUUCAACAUGCAACGAAAAUUAGUAAAGCACAGAAUUAGGCAUACCGGAGAGAGACCAUACAGCUGUUCAGCAUGUGGGAAGUGUUUUGCAGGCUCUGGUGACCUGCGUAGACAUGUGAGGACUCAUACAGGAGAAAAACCCUAUACCUGUGAAACUUGUAACAAAUGCUUCACUCGCUCUGCUGUUCUACGGCGGCACAAGAAAAUGCAUUGUAAAGCCCCUGAUGAAGGUCCAAAUGCACUAGAUGAAUUUACUCAAGGGAUUGAAACUUCUGACCUUGACAAAUCUCAGAGUUCUGACUCUUUUGGCCAAGAAAUGUCUGUUACGUUGUUACCAGUGUCUGUUAAAUUUCCCAUUCGUCCAACUGCAAAUUCAACUGAAUUUGAUAGUUCUGCAGAUUCUUACUGUAAGUUGCGAUCAAUGAUUCAACACCAUGACUCAGCAAACCAACAGAAACUGAACAUGGAUUCUGCUAAACUCCCAAAAGCGCAGACACAGCAAACUCCACCACCACCACCAUAUGCUUAUGCCGAUGCAGAUGUAUCUUCUGCAGAAGAACCCCUACAGUCUGAUAAUAUUCCCAUGCUUCGUUCCUCUAUGGUUAGCUUGGACAGUCAUUGUAAUGAUCCACUAGGCAGUCGAACAUCAUCUGCUGCAUACAAGAAUAAUGAAGGACCAUUCUUCUCCAGCAUGACCCUCUGGGGUUUAGCUAUGAAGACCUUGCAGAACGAAAGCGAAUUGGAACAGUGAGGGCUCAGGUGACUGUAUCAAAACUUCUUAGAGGCAUUUCAUGCUAAAGUGACUGUGAUUGCACUGCAGCAUAGAGAUCAGAGCUAGUUUUUAAGCCAGCUAGCUUGGUAGAAAUCAAGAUACGCAUGCCCAGAACCCAGUGUAGGCUGCCUUUACACUGCUUCUCAGCAAAGUUCAGAUCUAGUUUUGAGGACCUUUGUUGUUCUGUGACUGCACUGUGUAGCUCAUGUGUUGCCAGGAUUUACUAAAAUUUACCAUUUACUAAGUUUGCCAUUUACCUUGGUAUUUUUUACCUGAUAAGGGAGGAAAGGAGAGCCCAAUGUCUAAUUUCAUGAUAUGGGUGCAGUUCAAGUAUGGGUCAUCAGACUUGUGUAAGGGUGUAGAUAUGAAAAGAGGAAAAUAUUUAACAAAUUCCUAGUGAACCUGAGUUUCAGUAGUGGCUUUCUUACCAGUAGGAUCAUUGGUUUACAUGACUUGAAUAUUGUGAUAUUAAAUUUCAAUGUUAAAUACUGGACAAUAUUUGUGAUAGUGCAAAGUAACUGUAUAUCUAGAAACUUUAUUUUUUUACAAUAAAAGCUUUUUUUAGUAUUUUAUAAACUAUUUUGCACAGCAGAUUGUUUGUACAAUGAAGACCAAGAUCAGGAAAUGUAAAUAAAGGGAAGUUGUUUUACAUUGUAUCUUAAUUGCUCAAUGCAUUUCAUCUUUUUAUGAAAGAUUUUCAAUAACAUCCAUCUAUUCCAGGUAUCUUUUCAAUGCUAAUGGGGAUACCACUGCAAGAAGAGCUGCACUAUAAAAUAAGUGCAAUCAAUACACCAGUAGAUUGUCUUUGCAUUUCAGUGAAUUAGUGUAAACUAUUGGCUAAUUAAUGGAAUGAAUAGACUCUUACAGGAUAGAAACUUUGCUUAGAGGCCUUUUUCUGCUUUGGUGCUUUGAAUGGUUGUAUUAAUUUGCAGUAUAGAUUCUGUUGCUGCAUUUCAAACUGCCUGCUACAGUCACAAGUUCUACUGGCCUAACUUUUUCCAACCCAUCAAAAAGCUUCAGUAGUGUGUUGUCAAGGUUUCUGCUAAAACAUUCCUGAAAAUACACUUGUACUAACCUUUUUCUGAAGUUCAUUCACAGGCUGGGAAGUCUGUUUGAAGUACAUGCUACUUAUUUCCUAUAAGGAGUCUCAAUGGUCACUGCUAGCAAGACAGCUAUGGGGAACGCCGGAGAUCACUAGAACAUCAAAGUUCAAACUCAAGUGCUAAAUGGUUUAGUCAUUACUUUCAGAUUUGGAUUUCAGUCAAUCACUUUCUGAAUGUGUUCCAUGGAUCCAGAAUGGGGUAAGUACCCCUUCUACUUGUUGAGCAGGGACUUACUUCCAACCAACUUUUUUAAACGUUUUGUCUAAAAAUUGAUACCUAUGUAAGAAUUGCAUUAUUUAUGAAGUUAGACCUUGACAGGAAAUUCAGCAGUCAGUCUCUUAAUACUGCAAAACACCAAGUGGACAAAAGAAAAUUGUCUUUUCUUACCCAGAAAGCGAUGACAGACAGUCAUCACAUCAGCUGAGUAAUGACUGCAGCCUGUGAAACAGGUCUGAGGGGCGCUGAAGUUCUGACAGCUUCAGCAGAUGCAACAACUUCGUUUCAAUUCAAAAGUCAUUAAAACAAUUCCUAAAUGCUAAAACUCAGAAGAAAAGGUAUUUAAUUUCUUUUUCUCCCAGUAAUUUGCAUGUCAAAUCUCUCUCCUUCUCUCUCCUGUCGGUGAUGUCUCUCUCAGCAGCUGUCUAGUCAUGAAUCACUCCUGUCAUCUGAAGCAUAUUUUUAACACUUCUGGACGUGCUCUAAAAGCAAAUGCUGUUAAGCAAACAAUUUGCACUGCUUUUCCAUACACUCUCUUCACUUCCCAAAACCUUUCAUAAUCAUGAUUUUAAAAGCUGGGUCACAGGGGAACCAGGUACUGGAAAAUACAACCUUUUGUAUUUGUGAGAGUAUCAUAAUGUUAUAUCAAGUUCUCAUGUAAUGCAGAUCUGUCUGACUCGCAGAAGACUUGAAGUUGCCUGAAGCUUGAGAAUUUCACUUCAUUAAGAUUCAUAUGAAUGUUGCCUUUGGUUUCACUCAUUGUAGUCUGCACCUUCUCAAGAUCAAACUUCAGUUUGGGUUUAGGAAUCGAGCAUGCAAAAAGAAAAUCACUGUCAAAGCUUAGUUCAGCUGCUGUUACGGUAAAGUAGAUUAGAUUAUGCUGUGUUUGCUUCAGAGCAGUUAUUUUACAGCCUGAAAUGGAGAAACAUAAUCGUGGAGCCUGAUAAAUUGUUUGCCUUGCAAUCCUGAGUUUCAGAGCUACCAGAAAAAGGACAUUGACCAAAAAGGUUUUGAUCUUAAAAGCUUUUCUGCUUUUCUCAUCUCUUUGGCAGAAGGAUGCCCGCUGGGGCCUUAGGGACACAAGGAUCUUCACUAACGUGCCUGGAAGGCCUUUGGAAUCAUCCAGUAACAAGACAAAUAGGAAGAAAAGUGUAUUUUGUUCUUCUCCCACUGUCUAGUAAGUGACUCUUCUGGUAAUUCAAAUAUUUGUCAGUAAUACAAGUUGUUGAGCUCCGGAUCCAAAUUAUUACACUGGCACAUGGGGAAAACAGGAAUCCUGAUUGUGCCCAGAUGGAGAGAACUUUGUCUUUCCAAAUAAAAUGUGGCUUUUAAAUACCUGGGACCAAGUUAGUUUUGAUUUUUCCAAAGUCUAGAAGCGAUAACCCUAAAGGAUGCUUUUGACUGAAGUCAAGUGUUACACAAACAGUAUUUAUGAGCCACACACAUCCACUUUGUGCUUGCAUCUGGAACUUCUGUUUUUCUUUUCUUGUUGCUUUGAUGUCACGUCCCUUUGUAUUUUUUAAGUGCUUAGAAGAACCCUAGUGUGACAAAAUACUAAAUAAUAAUCAAAGUCUGCGACAUAAAAUGAUAUUGUGUAAUGUAUUUCUGAUAAGGAGUGCUCCCAUAGGUGGCCUGCAAUAUGGAUGAGCAUCUUGAGCACUCUGACUGCUCUGCAUAUACCAUUUGUCUUUGUUAGUAACCUGGCUGUGGCAGAAUCACCAAAGAGUUAUCACUUCUGAAAGUUUUGUUUUAAACAAGGAAGCUUUGUCAACCACUAUUAAUAUCGCCACUAUUCAGCAGCUUAAUUAAAAGAUUUGCGCUAUUUGCUGUUCUCAACAGUUCUUCCCUCUGAAGAUGUGAUUAGGUAAAACCUACCAUUAAAAGGAGUUAGCCCUUGGUAUUGCAAGAAAAGCCUGACAUAUUGUAAGUGCCUGGAAAUCAGAAGAUGAAAAGCAUUUCAAAAUAUUUGUAGCCAUUAUUUGUAUGAUUUACAAAUUACAUUACUUAUGCCUUAGGAUAUUCCCCACGUGAUUUUUGAAUGUGUGGUUUGUACCAAGUAAUAGGUUGCUUCAUCUCUCCCUUAUUCCUGCAUGAAUUUAGGUUAAGCAAUUUAUUUUCUGCUAUAAAUCUACUGGGCCAAAUCCCUCUCGGAUGCACCAUCACCAGCAGGUCGGCUGCAGAGUAAGUGGCGGCUUGUCCACCGGGUGGCAGUGAAAGCCCGAGUUACAAAGGUUGAACGGCUCCGCUGCGGCUCCCGCGGAGUCUGUUCCUCUGCCUGGAGUACCUUCUGCACAUCCCAGGUCAUCAGGCUGCGGCCUUAUCGAUAGGGAUAAACCUCAUUCCUUUAUGUUAGGAAGUGAUAAUGUGUUAACUUGUUUGCUAUCUACACCUUUAACAAACUUUCAGGAAAUAAUUUCUUACCCUAAGCAUGCCUUCAGAACAGAGCUGGAAAUCACAUUGCCAGCCACAGCCAGAAUAUGGCUGUGCUUCCAUCUCGUGGGUAUUGUGACAUGUGAUAUGAAUAUCAUUAGUUUUAUAAUGUGCUUUAUCACCUUGUGUUUUGUGAAUAUGUGCUCCUACCUUAUGCCUUAAUCCUUUACAACUGUUCCUCUUGUUGCAGGUCGUUACACAAAGUAAGCCUUAUCGCUCUCUACAACUACCUCAAAGGAGGUUGUAGUGAGUAGCCGACAUCUAUGCGUGAUAAUUGGAGAUAGAUGAAAACAAGAACAGACUACUGGGAAAUGACAAAAAUAUCCAUCUGCUCCUCUCUGUGUCUGAACAGAACACUGAUGGGAGAAAUAAACGAAACAGACAAGAUGAUCCAUAGUCAGAGACAUGACUUGCUUUAUGCCACAGCCAAGAAGGGAAUCUGGGCCUCCAGCAUUGCAGACCAUUGACCUUGGAAAAACAGAGAUGGAAUGCAUUUUGGAUUGGACAACUGGAACAAACCACAUAAGAAAUGAGUAUUUAUUGAGAGCUAGUGACUGAAUGCCAGCCAUAUCUGCCAGACAUAUGGGCCAAGAUGCUCUCAACAUGAAAGGCUGCAAAAAUAAAGCAUUGAGAGGUAUCUAAAUGCUGCUGCCCUCAGAAUGCUCAGAGGUAAAUUCACUGUUUCAGAGUCCUCCUCUUCUCUAUUUCGUAUGAUCAUCAACAACAAAAUCAGAACCACUGGCUCCAGUAAUUGAGAGGCACAACAAUCAAUUUCUACCUUGAAAACGUUUUGUUUGGGAGUAUUCUGUUCCGUACUUGAAGCUAUUCCAUUGAGAAUGUCUUACAAAUAAGCAUUAGCCCACUGAUCAUCUUCGAGUAUGUUUAUUUGGCUGCUGCAAAGGUAGUUAUCCAGCCAGCAGUUUAACUAAUUAAGUCUUACUUCCCAGAACUGUGCUGACGACACUAGCAUUAUCAAUGGUUUUUAUGACAAAAAACAAAGCUGAUGAAGGAAAAUCCAUUGUUCUGUGCCCUCUGAGAAAGAAAGGAGAAAAAAAAAAUCAAUUAUUUGCCAAAGAGAAAAAAGGAAAAGAGAUGACAGGAACCAGAGCAUCUUUCUUUAAGCGACCAACAACAAAAAAAUCAUAUUACCAUUUAAAUGAUGAGAUUGAGAUUUAUUUUUAUAGCAAUGGGAUGUUAAAGUCUCGAGUACAUUUUUUUUCAUUAAUUCUGUACCAGAUUUGCUGAGAUUCUUCUGUGUGAAGUGAGUGAAAUCAUGACUCCAAUGAAGUCAACAGGAGUUUCUCCAGUGACUGUAAUUGAACUCAGGUUUCAUUUGCACUCUUGACACCCACUGAAGAGCUUGCACAAGAGCCAAAAAAAGAAUGUAGAUG